UUCAGUCAUUGAAAAACAUGCAGUGUUCGUUGAUCAAAAAUACAGUGCAUCACUGCAUAUUGCGACUUCCAACAGACAAAAUCUAUCAUCAAAGUUCUUUCUAAUUUACGAAGAAAAUAUAACAACAAUUCAAUAACUUGUGUGCUAUGAACUACAUAUGUCUUCAUGUGAUAUUGAUGUUAACUGAACAAUAGUAAUUGGAAAUUGUUUCGCCAAUUCCAAAAAGAACUAGCGACAGCUGGAUACCAGUAAUUUCCUUACCACAUAAUUAAUUUGGUAAUUAUGGAAUUUUCUACUUUGCUUUUGACUGUUCUCACGGCGGGUGCUUGUCUAUAUUAUUUUGUUCUAAGCAAGUUAUCUUACUUCGAACAAUUAAAAAUUCCGCAUGUACGGCCAAUUCCGUUACUGGGUAACAUGGCACCCUGCAUUUUACGACGUGUAACCAUGGCGGACAACUUACUCAACAUCUACAAUUUAUUCAAUGACGCAAAGUAUUUUGGUUUUUUCGAAUUUAUGCAACCGAAAUACGUGAUCCGUGAUCCGGAUCUGAUCAAUUCACUCGCCAUUAAAAAUUUCGAUUAUUUCUGUGAUCAUAUCAACUUUGUAAACGAGGAGCUUGAACCAAUGGCCAGCAAAAAUUUAUUUGGUCUACGGGGCGAUCAUUGGCGCGAAAUGCGAAAGCUUCUUAGUCCGAGCUUCACGUCCAGCAAAAUGAAAAUGAUGUUUGAACUGAUGUGUCAGUGCGCAAAGAACUUCACUGAUUUUUUAAUUGCUGAAUCUGGAAACAUCGGCAAGACAUACAACAUGCAGGACAUACUGCCUAGAUACUCUAAUGAUGUGGUUGCCACGUGCGCUUUUGGUAUCAGUGUGGAUUCUUUCAAGCAUCCGAAUAAUGAAUUUUAUCUGCUCGGCAAGAAAGCUAUGAAUUUUGCUAGUCCUCGAGUAAUGUUUGCAUUUCUCAUGCAUAGAAACUUUCCAAAAAUUGCAAAUUUCUUUAGAAUAAGGAUGUUCAGCGCAGAAGUGGACAAUUUCUUUAAGAAUGUUGUCACCAGUACAGUGAAGGCCAGGGACGAGCAAGGGAUUGUUCGACCGGACAUGAUUCAAUUGAUGAUGGAAACUAGAAACAAGAACCAUGGACCAACAUUCGAUAUUAACGAGAUGACCGCUCAAGCAUUUGUUUUUUUCUUGGGCGGAUUUGAUACAGUAUCAAGAGCUAUGUGCUUUGCUGUACACGAGGUCGCUGUUAAUGCUGACAUACAGAACAAGUUGAGAGAAGAAAUCGAAGAUGUUCUCAGGGAAACCGAUAACAAACCCACAUACGAGGCUAUCAACAACAUGAAAUACAUGGAUGCUAUUGUGAACGAAAUCAUGAGAAUUUAUCCUCCAGCGAUUUUCAUCGAUAGAGUAUGCGUCAAGGAAUUCGAAUUGCCACCAGCGACACCGGAUGGAAAACCGAUCACACUUAAGCCGGGAGAUAGCAUUUUAUUCCCGACUUACGCUUUGCAUCACGAUUCCAAGUAUUAUUCUCAGCCAGAGAAAUUUGAUCCAGAUAGGUUCCUGAAUGGCGAAGUAGAUAAUUCAGUGUACUUGCCAUUCGGUGUCGGUCCUAGGAUCUGCAUAGGUAACAGAUUUGCUCUAAUGGAAGCAAAAAUUAUGCUGUUUUAUUUGUUAUGGCAUUGUGAUCUUGAACCUGACGCUAAAACCAGAAAUCCUAUCGUUCUGGAUAAAAAAGCGCUCGCCAUGACGUCGGAAAAUGGUUUCUGGUUAAAAGUGCGGGCGAGGAAGUCGUCGGUUUCUACCAAGAAAUUCUUGUCAAAUGGACAAAAAAUUUGAAACAUUUAUAGCAUGUAAUGUUUACUUUAUAAAUUAAAGUCAUAUUUAGAAUAAACCUUAUAAGUGGAUAUUAAAGGAUGUGUGUAUAAUGGGUAUAAUGGAUAUAUAUGGAUAUUUAUUUUAUUAAAUGUUAAAAGGAUAAAUUCUGAAUAUAUUUAAAUAAAGUGCCAUGUAGGACAGUAGAUUCAAUGAAAAUGUAUUUGUGUAAUUUAUAUUAUAAUUAUUAAAAUUUUUGAGCCGUUAAUAAAUCAAUGCUUUUUCUUCAUAAAAAGUAUCCGAGAAGAUUGUACAUAUUGUAAUUCUUUAAUAUUUUUUUGCGUAAAACAAAGGAGCCUCUUGAGACUCAAAUGUUCGUAAAAUCUUUUUAUAAAAUAUAUAACGUAAAAAAGUGAAGAAAAAAUUACAUAAAAAAUGAUGUUAUAACUAAA